AUGAGUUACUAUGAUUCCAAGCCUCAACCAGCCCCCGUCAUUGCUCCCCCUCCUCAAGGUUAUGGUGGUUAUCCUCCACCUGGAUAUACAGCACAAGGCUAUCCUCAGCCUCCUCCGCCGCCUCAAGUAAUUUAUCAACCUCCUCCACCACCACCACCACCAACAGAAACACAGUCUAAAUCUAAAUCCAAUAAUGGUUGCUUACAAGGAUGUUUGGCUGGUCUUUGUUGCUGCUGCUGUUUGGAGAUUUGCUUCUGA